AUGCUUGCUCCUUACCUCGCCCCUGUUGGUGUAUUCACCUUUCUCACUCUCGCUCAAAAUGUCAUUGCGGACGGAUUGUUUGUAGGAUGUUACAAGAAUGGUGCAUUCACUGCUCAGAUAACUCCUGCAGCCGACGAUUCGCUCUCAUGUUCCACUGUUUGUGGAAAUGGUGGAUAUCCUUUCUCGGCCUUCGAAUCCGAUACCACCGCUUGUACAUGUUCUCAAUAUUUCCCUACUGGAUAUUACAUGACCUCUGGAACAGAUAAAGCGUGUGAUUCCAGUUCAUCCCUGCAAGUCAGAGUUACCAAAACCUCCUUUUCGAGUUUGGGAUGUUUGGACUCAGCUGGAUAUAAAGAUGAUGGAUAUGUGGACACGGAGGUCAAUAACCCGAAAGAAUGUUUAAGUCAAUGUGCGAGUGGAUUUUUGGCCACAUUCAGAGAUACUGGCGCUGCAACAUAUACUUGUCACUGUGCGGCGGGAGGAUUGGAAAUGGUCGGCGAUUCCGUUACUUGCGCGACAAACACGUACUUCGCGUUCUACCAUUCAGCGGACGCACAAGCUUCGAGUCUUUCAAGACGGACGUCCCGCGAAAUCCGGGAGUUCAAGGCCCAACAACUUGCAAGAAGAACAGAGUACUGUCCGUAUGGAUUGACAGCUUGUAAUGUCCGUGGGCACUCCGGUAAUUACGAGUGUCUCGAUGUUCACUCGGAACUGGAGUCUUGCGGGGGAUGUAUGUACGGUCAGUACGGUAAUGCCACCGCCGCGGUUGGCCAGGACUGUACAAACAUCGGCGCUGCGCUCGGAGCCUCCACUUGCGUCAAUGGACAGUGUGUAGCAUCAGCUUGUAAGAAGGGCUUGAAGUUGGUGCAUGGAAAGUGUCAGUAA